UCUCCCUUACCUCACACAGCAAUCUCAGUCUCCUCCCUUCACUCCUGCCAGCCUAUUUUGCCCGCAACAGCGAAGUGUUUCCCCCUUUUCCGUAGCUCCAGUUUUCUCAUCUCCUCCUCGCCUUGUGGGCAGUCCCCUAAACAGCCGCAGCCAUGGGUCGUAUGCACAGUCACGGAAAGGGUAUUUCGCGCUCCGCCCUGCCCUACAAGCGCACUCCUCCGAGCUGGUUGAAGAUCUCCGCCCCCGAGGUCGACGAGCACAUCUGCAAGCUCGCGAAGAAGGGUCUGACGCCGUCGCAGAUCGGCGUCAUUCUUCGUGACUCGCACGGCAUUGCCCAGGUGUCCGGCGUCACCGGCAGCAAGGUCCUCCGCAUCCUCAAGGCUCACGGUCUCGCCCCCGAGAUCCCCGAGGAUCUGUACCAUCUGAUCAAGAAGGCGCUGGCGGUGCGCAAGCACUUGGAGCGCAACCGCAAGGACAAGGACUCCAAGUUCCGCCUCAUUCUCAUCGAGAGCCGCGUGCACCGCCUCGCGCGCUACUACAAGUGGACCAAGAAGCUGCCGCCCAACUGGAAGUACGAGUCCGGCACUGCCAGCACCCUGGUCGCCUAAAUGAGGAUCAGGAGCUCAUAUUCUCACCAUGUUCUAGAAACAUUGCUGGAAUGUUGAUGGUGUUUGUUGUGUUGGAAACCUUGUUUGAGUUCUUCCUCUGGACUGGAGUGCUAUUGAAAGAACAUCGCAGUGGAUACCGAGGUAUGAAAUCCGAGCCAUGUCCAACUAUGCAGCAGAGUUAUGUCCUGUGGUUUUUCUGGCUCAAUACCGUUCUCAACCGUUUUGGACCGCUUUUAAACAUUUUGAAUUAAAAAGCAUCCCAUCCA